AGGAGGUGGAGGGGGGAAAGCGGAGGAGGUGGCAGAAUUAGAAGCGGAUACGGUUCCUGUCAUCAUCACCUCCCCUCUGGCGGCCUGUGAUCCCCGGGAAGCGGAGGAAGGGGGAGACCCCCGGUCGGGGCGAUGGCGGCUCACAAGCCGGUGGAAUGGGUGCAAGCCGUGGUGAACCGCUUCGAGGAGCAGCUUCCAAUCAAAGCCGGGCAGCAGAAUACACACACCAAAGUCAGUAUGGAGCACAACAAAGAGUGUCUCAUAAACAUUUCAAAGUACAAAUUCUCCCUGGUCAUAAGUGGACUUACACACAUUUUAAAAAAUGUAAACAACAUGAGGAUAUUUGGAGAAGCUGCUGAAAAAAAUUUGUAUUUGUCUCAACUGAUUAUAUUGGAUACACUGGAAAAAUGUCUUGCAGGGCAACCAAAAGACUGUAUGCGCUUGGAUGAAACGAUGCUUGUUAAACAGCUGCUACCUGAGAUCUGCCAUUUUAUUCACACACAUCGAGAGGGCAACCAGCAUGCAGCCGAGUUGCGGAUUUCUGCUUCAGGAGUCUUGUUCUCUUUAAGCUGCAAUAACUUCAAUGCAGUUUUCAGUCGCAUUUCCACCAGGUUGCAAGAGCUGACGGUUUGUUCGGAAGACAAUGCUGAUGUUCACGAUAUAGACUUGAUACAGUACAUUAAUGUGGACUGUGCAAAACUGAAAAGGCUGCUACAAGAGACGGUUUUCAAAUUUAAAUCCCUAAAGAAAGUGGCUCAGUUGGCGGUUAUCAAUAGUCUUGAAAAGGCAUUUUGGAAUUGGGUUGAAAAUUAUCCUGAUGAGUUUACAAAGUUAUACCAGAGGCCUCAGACUGAUAUGGCUGAUUGUGCAGAGAAAUUGUUUGACCUUGUGGACAGUUUUGCUGAAAGCAACAAGAGAAAAGUAGCAGUUUGGCCCCUGCAAAUAAUUUUACUUGUUCUGUGCCCGGAAAUUAUCCAGGACAUUUCUAAGGACUCGGUAGAAGAAAGCAAACUGAACAAGAAAUUGUUUCUUGAAAGCCUCAGGAAAGCCCUAACUGGCCAUGGAGUAGGGAAACCACUUACAGAGAGUGCUGCAAUUGCUUGUGUUAAGUUGUGUAAAGCGUCCACAUAUGUCAACUGGGAAGAUAAUUCUGUCAUAUUCCAUCUGGUUCAGUCAUUAGUCAUCGACUUAAAGAACUUGCUCUUCAAUCCCAGCAAGCCUUUCUCAAGAGGAGCCACAAAUCAGAAUGCAGAUGUAGACCUUAUGAUUGACUGCCUAGUUUCAUGCUUUAGGAUCAACCCUCAGAACAAUCAGCAUUUCAAAAUUUGCUUGGCACAGUCCUCGCCAUCAACAUUUCAUUAUGUUCUGGUGAAUUCUCUGCACCGAAUUAUCACAAAUUCUGCACUGGAUUGGUGGCCCAAGAUUGAUGCUGUGUAUUGCUACUCAGGAGAGCUCCGCAGCAUGUUUGCUGAAACGCUCAAAAUCGUCAUGCAGUUACAUACAGCAAUCCGCCUGACGCCGAGUCUUACAUUUAAAGAGAAAAUGCCAUACCUUAAGUUUAAAGAGAAACCAACCGAUGUGGAAACAAGAAGUUACAAAUACUUGCUACUGUCUUUGGUCAAGCUCAUUCAUGGAGACCCAAAGUUGCUAUUGUAUAACCCAGGAAAACCUGGCCCUGACACACAGAGCAGCUCUGCAGAGCUAAUAAAUGGAUUGGUGCAGCUGGUUCCACAGACAAACAUGCCUGAGAUAGGCCAGGAAGCCAUGGAGGCUUUGUUGGUUCUACAUCAGUCAGACAGCAUUGAACUUUGGAAUCCUGAUGCACCAGUAGAGACAUUUUGGGAAAUUAGUUCACAAAUGAUUUUUUACAUCUGUAAAAAGUUGACUGGUCAUCAGAUGCUCAACAGCACAGAAGUCCUGAAAUGGAUGCGAGAAAUUUUAAUCUGCAGGAAUAAAUUUCUUCUAAAAAAUAAGGAGUGUGCGGCUGUCGGAAGUGCAAUUCCAAUAUGUCGUCAAGCCCACACUAAAUUAGAGGUUUGUCUGUACAUGUUUCUCUGGAGCCCAGACAUUGAAGCUGUUCUAGUGGCCAUGUCCUGUUUUCGAAGCCUGUGUGAGGAGGCUGAUAUACGUUGUGGGGUUGAUGAAGUAUCUGUUCAUAAUUUCUUGCCAAAUUAUAACACUUUCUUGGAGUUUGCAUCUGUAAGCAACAUGAUGUCUUUGGGUAGAGCCGCUCUACAGAAACGUGUCAUGGCUUUGCUAAGAAGAAUAGAACAUCCCACUCCUGGAAACACAGAAGCUUGGGAAGAUACGUAUACGAAGUGGGAGCAAGCCACAAAGUUGAUUCUGAACUUCCCAAAGACUAAGCUGGAAGAUGGCCAGGUCACAGAAAGCCUUCAUAAAACCAUUGUGAAGAGGCGAAUGUCUCAUGUAAGUGGAGGCGGUUCCAUAGACCUGGCUGACACGGACUCACUACAGGAGUGGAUUAACAUGACUGGUUUUCUUUCUGCACUUGGUGGAGUCUGUCUGCAGCAUCGCAGCACUGUGGGACUAGUUACUUACAGUCCCCCUAUGGGUCCUGUUAAUGAGCGAAAAGGUUCUGUUAUCUCAAUGGUUUCUACUGAAGGAAAUGCAGAAACUCCAGUCAGCAAGUUUCUUGAUCGGCUUCUCUCAUUAAUGGUUUGCAACAAUGAGAAAGUUGGAAUUCAAAUUCGGACAAACAUCAAAGACCUGGUUGGUUUAGAGUUGAGCCCUGCUUUGUAUUCAAUGCUGUUCAACAAAAUGAAGAACACCAUUAGCAAGUUCUUUGACUCCCAAGGACAGGUUUUGCUCAAUGACACAAACACUCAAUUUGUUGAACAGACGAUUACGAUCCUGAAGAACUUGCUUGAUAAUCACACAGAAGGCAGCUCUGAACAUUUGGGACAAGCUAGUCUAGAAACCAUGAUGCUAAAUCUAGUCAGAUAUGUACGUGUUCUGGGUAACCUGGUUCAUGCCAUACAGAUCAAAACCAAGCUAUGUCAACUGGUGGAAGUAAUGAUGGAACGGAGGGACGAUCUUUCUUUUUGUCAAGAAAUGAAGUUUAGAAACAAGAUGGUCGAGUAUUUGACUGACUGGGUAAUGGGAACAUCUAACCAAGCUGCAGAUGAAGAUGUAAAAUGCCUCACAAGAGAUUUGGAUCAAGCAAGCAUGGAAGCAGUGGUAUCUCUUCUUGCUGGCCUACCUCUUCAACCUGAAGAAGGUGAUGGUGUUGAGUUGAUGGAAGCAAAAUCUCAAUUAUUUCUCAAGUAUUUCACACUUUUCAUGAACUUGCUGAAUGAUUGCAGUGAGGUUGAAGAUGAUGGCACACAGACGGGUGGCAGGAAGAGAGGAAUGUCUCGGCGUUUAGCUUCCUUAAGGCACUGUACAGUAUUGGCUAUGUCUAAUCUUCUGAAUGCCAAUGUGGAUAGUGGCCUUAUGCACUCAAUAGGUCUUGGCUACCAUAAGGACCUACAGACAAGAGCUACAUUUAUGGAAGUUCUUACAAAAAUUCUGCAACAGGGAACAGAGUUUGACACAUUAGCUGAGACAGUUCUAGCCGAUCGAUUCGAAAGGCUGGUGGAAUUAGUCACCAUGAUGGGAGACCAAGGAGAAUUGCCUAUUGCCAUGGCUCUAGCCAAUGUGGUUCCUUGCUCACAGUGGGAUGAGCUGGCACGAGUCCUUGUGACGCUCUUUGAUUCCCGACAUCUACUGUAUCAGCUUCUGUGGAACAUGUUUUCUAAGGAAGUUGAGCUAGCGGACUCCAUGCAGACACUUUUCAGAGGAAACAGCUUGGCUAGUAAAAUCAUGACAUUCUGUUUUAAGGUAUAUGGAGCCACGUAUCUUCAGAAACUUUUGGAACCACUAUUGAGACUGAUCAUAACAUCUCCUGAAUGGCAACAUGUCAGUUUUGAAGUGGACUCUUCAAGGUUGGAUGGAGUUGAAAGCCUUGAAGAAAACCAGCGGUGUCUACUGCAGAUGACGGAGAAGUUCUUUCAUGCCAUUAUAAGUUCCACCCAUGAAUUCCCUACUCAGCUGCGCAGUGUGUGCCAUUGUCUGUAUCAGGCAACAUGCCAUUCCCUACUGAAUAAAGCUACAGUAAAAGAAAAAAAGGAAAACAAAAAAUCAGUUGUGAGCCAGAGGUUUCCCCAGAACAGCAUCGGUGCAGUUGGAAGUGCUAUGUUUCUCAGGUUCAUUAACCCGGCCAUUGUGUCUCCCUAUGAAGCAGGGAUAUUGGAUAAGAAGCCACCAGCCAGAAUUGAACGUGGCUUAAAGUUAAUGUCUAAGAUUCUCCAGAGCAUUGCCAACCAUGUCUUGUUUACAAAAGAGGAGCAUAUGCGACCUUUUAAUGAAUUUGUUAAGAACAACUUUGAUGCUGCACGAAGGUUCUUCUUUGACAUUGCAAAUAAUUGUCCUCCGAGUGACACUGUUAACCACAGCCUCUCCUUUAUUACUGAUGGAAAUGUUCUUGCCUUACAUCGGUUGCUUUGGAACAACCAGGAGAAGAUUGGACAGUAUCUAUCCAGUAACAGGGACCACAAAGCUGUUGGAAGAAGACCAUUUGAUAAAAUGGCAACUUUACUCGCUUAUCUUGGGCCUCCAGAGCACAAGCCUGUGGCAGACACCCAUUGGUCAAGUCUGAAUCUCACAAGUUCCAAGUUCGAAGAAUUUAUGACUAGGCAUCAGGUACACGAAAAAGAAGAAUUUAAAGCAUUAAAAACUCUAAAUAUAUUCUACCAAGCAGGGACAUCAAAAGCUGGAAAUCCUGUUUUCUACUACAUUGCAAGACGGUUCAAGACUGGCCAAAUAAAUGGAGACUUACUGAUCUACCAUGUUCUUCUGACUUUAAAGCCAUACUAUGCCAAGCCAUAUGAGAUAGUGGUAGAUCUUACUCACGCUGGGCCCAGCAAUCGCUUUAAAACAGACUUCCUUUCAAAAUGGUUUGUGGUUUUCCCUGGCUUUGCAUAUGAAAAUGUGACAGCAGUUUAUAUCUACAACUGUAACUCCUGGGUGAGGGAAUAUACAAAAUACCACGAAAGACUGCUAACUGGUCUGAAAGGCAGCAAGAGGUUAAUUUUUAUCGAUCCAUCUGGAAAGUUAGCCGAACAUAUAGACCAUGAUCAGCAGAAACUGCCAGCAGCCACACUUGCUUUGGAGGAGGACCUGAAGCUGUUCCAUAAUGCACUUAAACUGGCCCACAAGGACACUAAAGUGUCAAUUAAAGUGGGUUCUACGGCUGUUCAGGUCACUUCAGCAGAGAGGACGCGGGUUUUGGGCCAAUCUGUGUUUCUGAAUGACAUCUACUAUGCUUCUGAGAUAGAAGAAAUUUGUUUAGUGGAUGAAAAUCAGUUCACAUUGACUAUUGCUAAUCAAGGAACACCCCUCACAUUCAUGCACCAGGAGUGUGAAGCCAUUGUCCAGUCUAUCAUUCACAUACGGACUCGAUGGGAACUGUCGCAACCAGAUUCCAUCCCCCAACACACUAAGAUCCGUCCAAAGGAUGUUCCUGGAACACUACUUAACAUAGCAUUACUCAACUUGGGAAGCUCUGAUCCAAGUCUACGGUCUGCUGCCUAUAACCUUCUGUGUGCCUUAACAUGUACCUUUAAUUUAAAGAUUGAGGGGCAGCUACUGGAGACUUCGGGUCUUUGUAUCCCAGCCAACAAUACACUUUUCAUAGUUUCCAUUAGCAAAACCCUGGCAGCUAAUGAACCACACCUCACACUUGAGUUUCUAGAAGAGUGCAUUUCUGGCUUCAGCAAAUCUAGCAUUGAGCUGAAGCAUCUCUGUCUGGAAUAUAUGACUCCCUGGUUGUUGAACCUUGUUCGGUUCUGUAAGCUCACUGAUGAUGCAAAGAGGCAGCGUGUCAGUGCUAUCUUGGAUAAGCUGAUAACCAUGACUAUUAAUGAAAAACAGAUGUAUCCUUCCAUUCAAGCAAAAAUAUGGGGCAGUCUGGGACAGAUCACAGAUCUUCUAGAUGUUGUACUAGACAGCUUCAUCAAAACCAGUGCAACAGGUGGACUGGGAUCUAUAAAGGCUGAAGUUAUGGCUGAUACAGCAGUUGCUCUGGCAUCUGGCAAUGUUAAGCUAGUUUCAAGCAAGGUGAUCGGGAGGAUGUGCAAGAUAAUAGACAAGACCUGUCUUUCUCCUACCCCAACACUGGAACAGCACCUCAUGUGGGAUGAUAUUGCCAUACUUGCCCGAUACAUGCUCAUGCUAUCCUUCAACAACUCCUUGGAUGUGGCUGCCCAUCUACCCUACCUCUUCCAUGUUGUCACAUUAUUGGUGGCAACAGGUCCUCUUUCUCUUCGAGCUUCCACCCAUGGACUUGUGAUCAAUAUCAUUCACUCCUUGUGCACCUGCUCACAGCUGAAUUUCAGUGAGGAGACCAAGCAAGUGUUGCGGCUCAGUCUGACAGAGUUUUCCCUGCCCAAGUUCUACCUUCUCUUUGGGAUCAGUAAAGUGAAGUCUGCUGCAGUUAUCGCUUUCCGAUCCAGUUAUCGUGAUCGUUCAUUUUCACCUGGUUCCUAUGAGAGGGAGACAUUUGCUCUGACUUCAUUGGAAACUGUUACAGAAGCACUGUUAGAAAUUAUGGAGGCUUGCAUGAGAGAUAUCCCAACUUGCAAGUGGUUGGACCAGUGGACUGAACUUGCUCAAAAGUUUGCAUUCCAGUACAAUCCUUCACUACAGCCACGAGCGCUUGUUGUGUUUGGCUGUAUAAGCAAGCGUGUGUCUCAUGGACAGAUUAAACAGAUUAUCCGAAUUUUAAGCAAGGGAUUGGAAAGCUGCCUAAAAGGUCCUGACAACUACAACAGCCAAGUUCUAAUAGAAGCCACUGUGAUAGCACUAACCAAACUGCAGCCGCUUCUGAAUAAGGAUUCCCCUAUGCACAAAGCUCUAUUUUGGGUGGCGAUGGCAGUACUCCAGCUGGAUGAGGUUAAUCUAUAUUCAGCAGGUACAGCACUACUGGAACAAAACCUGCACACAUUAGACGGCCUUCGAGUAUUCAAUGACAAGAGCCCAGAAGAAGUUUUCAUGGAAAUAAGAAAUCCUCUUGAGGAAUGGCAUUGUAAACAAAUGGACCAUUUUGUUGGCCUCAAUUUCAACUCUAAUUUCAAUUUUGCACUAGUUGGGCACUUGUUAAAAGGAUAUCGACAUCCAUCUCCUACUACUACGGCAAGAACAGUGAGAAUCCUUCAUACGCUGCUCACACUUGUAAAUAAACACCGAAAUUGUGAUAAGUUUGAAGUAAAUACGCAGAGUGUUGCUUAUUUAGCAGCCUUGCUUACUGUGUCUGAAGAGGUGAGAAGCCGCUGCAGUUUGAAACACAGAAAAUCACUGUUGCUGACAGAUGUUUCGAUGGAAAAUGUUCCUAUGGAUACAUAUCCAGUACAUCACAGCGACCCCACCUGCAGAACGUUAAAGGAGAACCAGCCAUGGUCUUCUCCAAAGGGAUCUGGCAUGCAUCUAGCUGCAAGCUACCCCACAGUUGGACAAGUUAGCCCACGGACAAGGAAGUCCAUGAGUCUGGACAUGGGGCAGCCAUCACAAGCAAACACUAAGAAGCUGUUGGGUACAAGAAAAAGCUUUGACCACUUAAUAUCUGAUGUUAAAGCUCCUAAAAGACAGGAGAUUGAAUCUGGGAUCACUACACCUCCAAAAAUGAGAAGAGUAGCAGAGAAUGAUUAUGAUAUUGAUACACCAAGGAUAUCAUCACCUCAACAACAUCCUCAUUUGCGGAAAGUUUCUGUUUCUGAAUCAAAUGUGCUUUUGGAUGAGGAAGUUCUAACAGAUCCUAAGACACAAGCGCUGCUGCUGACUGUUCUAGCUACACUUGUAAAAUACACUACAGAUGAGUUUGAUCAACGUAUCCUUUAUGAAUAUUUAGCUGAAGCAAGCGUGGUCUUCCCUAAAGUAUUUCCGGUGGUACACAAUUUGUUGGACUCUAAGAUCAACACCCUUUUAUCGCUGUGUCAAGAUCCAAAUCUCUUGAACCCAAUACAUGGUAUUGUACAGAGUGUGGUGUAUCAUGAAGAGUCUCCUCCACAGUACCAACCUUCUUACCUACAGAGUUUUGGAUUUAACGGUUUGUGGAGGUUUGCUGGACCUUUCUCCAAGCAAACGCAGAUACCAGACUACGCGGAGCUAAUAGUGAAAUUUCUUGAUGCCUUGAUUGACAAAUACUUGCCUGUAAUUGAUGAAGAAGCCAGUGAGGAGUCUUUGCUGACACCUACAUCUCCUUAUCCUCCCGCUGUGCAGAGCCAACUGAGUAUAACUGCGAACCUUAACCUUUCAAAUUCCAUGACCUCCCUUGCCACUUCCCAGCAUUCCCCAGCUUCUCUGCCUUGCUCUAAAUCUGCAGUUUUCAUGCAGCCGCUCCCUCAUCAAGGGAUUGACAAGGAAAAUGUGGAACUCUCUCCCACCACUGGUCACUCAAACAGCGGUAGAACGCGCCAUGGUUCAGCAAGCCAAGUGCAAAAGCAAAGAAGUGCUGGCAGCUUCAAACGUCAAAGCAUCAAAAAGAUUGUGUGAUAUUUUUUUUUUUUUUUUUUUUUUUUAUUAUUAUUUAUUUUAAAGUUCCUUAUCUAAAACUGACUUAAGCGGGCGGCUUAUCCUUGGCCCCGGCACAAUAUGAUGCUGCACUUAAUUUUUUUUUUUUUUUUUUUUUUACUGUUUUCCAUGCAGUCAGCCAUGUUGCCAGAAGAUCAAUACAUCGAAAGCAUCGUUUGAACUCUAUACCAUUUGGUUUCCUUAUACAUUUUUCCUUUUCCAGUUAUUUCCAAUCUUUGAGGGAACCAUGGUCACAAGCGUAUCAAUGCCUUGUGAAUUUUAGAAUGAAGAAAUUUUGUAUUUUGAUAACGGUGGCCCUGCCUUUACUGCAUUAACUGUGUAAACAUUAGUGGCAUUCUCAUGAGUCUUUUUUUGCCUUGUCUUUUUUAUUAUUAUUAUUUGUGUUUACUAUGUUUUGCAUUUAACUAAAUAUUAAAGCUAAUCCUUUAUAGUGGCUUUGGUGGGAAAAGAAACCAGUUUAAAUCCUCCCCUUUAAAAAACACUUUUAGCUGUGGAUUUUUUUUUACCUAUUUGCUUAAAAAAAAAAAAAAAAAAAAAAUCCUGUCCCAAAUAACUUUUUUUUUUUUUUUUUCUAAUGGUACUUUGUUGAAACAAAUAUGAACUGGUGUCUGAAAAGGGCCACCAUACUAAUUAGAUUUUUGGGUACUUGCAAUAAAUUUGUUAAAGUAAUUAUAUUUUUAUUCCUAUAAAAAAAAUAUAUAUAUAUAUCUAUCUAUUCCAAAUGUUUGCGCUGUUAAAGUAUUACAGCAUCUCUUUCAUCUGAAAUGCAUCAAUGAGUUCUGUCCUUACAAUGCACUAUUUAUGAAAGGCAGAAUGUAUUCUGACAUUAAUGUGUUUUGAAAUGUUAUGUAAAUAUAUUUGUGUAUUUGGGGGGGGGGGGGGGAGAACUACUGUGGUGUUUUCAGAGUAAAGAUAUGGUAAGUAAAUUGGGUGCAUCUGAGUAGUAAAAGGGCUUUAUUUCCUUUCUGCUUGAUGAUCAUUUCCUUAACCCUUCCAGAGAGAGGUGUUAAAAGAUUUCUUGCACUUAGGGGCGUAAUCUGUGUUAAAGGUAUAUGCCCUCAUGAUUGGAGCUUCAUUUUCAAUUCUCAAAGGACAUAUAAUUACUCUUUUGGAGAUACUCACUUUUCUGUGCAAUGUUGGUUUUAAAACUUGGGGAAGGGGAGUGAGGCAGGUGCCUUUUGUUCAGGCCAGCAAAUAUAAUGGUACUUUUUGAACUGACAGGAUCCUCCUUGGAGGAACUGCAUCAUGAAGUGUGUGAUGCACUUUAACUUUUUCGUAGAUCUGGUAAUAGUUGGCAGUCUAUUGUCUUAGCCACCCUUCAGAACUAUGGUCUUUCAUGUUAAACUAUAAAAUUUCCCAUCUACUGUAUUACUUGUAGUACUAGAGCUGGCUGUAUAACGUAAAUCCAUUAAGUCAUAUUUCCCCAAAUUACAUGUCCUUUAAUUAUUAUAAUCUAUUUACAGACCGGUUACAUUUUCCAUAUAGAAUAGAUCAUGAUGUCCAGAGUUGCCAUCGUUUUUUUUUUUUUUUUUUUAAUAUAACAAAAACAUUUAUUGUUCAGGGGGCAUAGAAGCUAAAACUAUCACUGUGAAAGGUUUGAAUUCUAGCAUUCAGUGAAGUAUUAAAUGAUUGACUAACCAUUUGAUACUGUCUUGCGGAUAUGUGUCACUACAGCAAAUCUUGGGGUAUAAUGCUAUGUACCGGAAUACUUUGUAAAAGGGAGGCGAUUGCUGCGCAGGGCUUUAGACACUUGUCCAGAACAUUCUUAACUCAGAGGAAAUCAAUCCUUUUUGACAAAUUUUGAGCAAAAGGGAAAGACAUCUAGGUGCUUGCAUUUAGGGCUUAAAUAUAUUUACUGCUGAACACAUGUAGAAUUGAAAUACUUAGAAUGCUAUUCUACAACUUAGAUCUUGGACGAACGACCAAGAAUGGCUUUAAACGAAAACACAAAAUAUAGUUCAAUAUAAGAAAACUAUAGAGUGAUUUAAAUGUAUUUCAGUAAAUCAAACUCCACAGCUAAACAAAUAUAAUGGUACAAAUAAGUGUUGGGAUUUAAUAAUUAUAGCACAUAAUCUGCAUUUAACCAUAUGAUAACGCGUAUUUCACAGAUGUAAAUAAGUGUCUUCUUUUGUUGUUUUCUGACAUUGUGAUUUUGUUUUGUUUACAGUCCUGGAAAAAUAAAACUGUGGACAGAAACCUAUUAUGCAAAUAGUCUGCCAAAAUCCCAGUGUACUUCUGUUUAGCUGUAGCUGGUGUUAAUGACAUGAAGGACAAGGCUUUACAUGGACAGUGCAAAAACUUACAUGUAAUGCAUAGAGGAUUCUUGGCACAGCUCGUGUGUGUGUGGUGGUGGUGUGGGGGGGGGGGGGUACCUGGAGAAAAGGAAAAGUAAAACUGUUGCCCCAGCUUCUCUGAAAUCUGUGCACAGCACCUUUUUUUUUAUUUUCCCUUUUUUCCAGCUUUAAUAUGUGAACUGCUGUAUGGAAUGAAGUGAUUUUUAAACAAAUGAAGUAACACAUUUGGAGAAAUGUUUUGCUAAUGGACUGAUGGGCUUCAAUAUAUACAUCAGAGAUGCGUUUGAAUAUACAGUUCCCAUAUAGUUUUGCAUUUAAUUUUUUUUUUUUAUCUGUUAGGUAAUACAAAUGACAACCAUAUCUAACUGCCUGUCAAGAAAUUACAUAGGUAACUGGUAGUUCAUUAACUGCAGCAGAUUUAGCAAAGCGGUCUUUCUUCAGCACCAUGCUCUGACAUAUAGGGUCUAAGUUGCUAAGAAGAGACAGGUUGAUUGUGUAUUUGGGAUAUUAUUGCAAAGCAGGGUUAGUAACGCUAGAGUAAAGCUAGCGAUUUAAUUUUGUAAAGAGUAUUGUCCUCAAUGCACAGCUAUAGUCAAAUUACCCCACUACCCUAGCCUCAUGUAAUGAGUAUCCAGAGCAGUGUGUUGACUGCUGCUGUACCCCUCGGCUAUAGAGCAACACCAUUACUUGCAUGGCAUUGCUGUUGAUGGAUGGCAAAUUCCAAUGGUGCUUGCUGGACAAACCGCAUGAACAGAAGCAAUUUAUCAAUGUACAUGUAUUGCACGUUAUAUUCCACCCUGUAAGUAAAACAGUCAAUGCCGACAGGGUGCCCAAGUAUAUUUUUUUGCAAAGUACGCAGUAAUGUUAUUGGCACACCUGUAGGUCUCUGCGGACACCCCUCAAGCCCACCCAAUAUACUCCCGUAUUUACCUUCGCCUGUUCCCAGUAUCUUCCUGCACACAACAAAGCUUGUUCAGCAGCAUUAUAGUGCACUUUUUUUUUUUUCAAAAAGAGGCACAUGCAUAAUAUGUGCUCCUUCCCUAUUCAAGCAUCGUUGAGCCACUGAAGAGAGUGUAAUGCGCAUGCACUGGGGAUAGAGCAUACAAUGCACAUGGAGCUCUGCUCUGUCCCUGUGCUAUUAGGGAAGAGCAAAGGUAAAUAAAAAUAGUCGUACUGUAUAUCUGACUGGCUGUUGGUGUGCCUGCAGAGGACUACAAGUGUUGACAGUCUUAUUGUACUGUAUUUUGCAAAAAGGCACCAUGCAUUGUAAUAUUCUGGGGUCCCAUAUCUGCAAGGGUCGUUUUACUUGGGUGGACUAUGCCAUUAAUGUUCAUAGUCAUUCUACAGUGAACUUCCACUUUGACAUGCAUUACUAAUAUUGUAGAUCAUUUUAUACAUAAUAUGCUACCAAACAAGUUCUUAUGUCAUGGAAGUAUAUUUAUAUAGUUCUGUGUACCAUUUCAAUUGCAUACCUUUCUGUACCUGCUACCCAGCUUAGUAAAGAAUACAGUAUAUGGGCACCAAUAUAAUGUACUUUUGACUAGAUUAAGUCAAAAGUAGAUUCAAAGAAAAUCAGUUUAAGGUAUACAAUUCUCUGAAAUGCCUUUCUCUACAUCAUUCUUCCCUAAAAUAUUCCUGUGGUUCUAUAAAAAGGUGUGUGUGUGUGUGUGUGUGUGUGUGUGUGUUAUAAAAAGCUUGACACAAGUUUUCUCACCCACUGUAUUUGAACACUAAAAAAAAAGUUUUGCUGAAACGUUCUUAAAUUUUGGAUAGAACUUGAACUGAAAGAAAAAAAAUACUAGUCUGAGCUGCAUUACUUAGGUUAUAUUUCAAAUAAUUCUGCCAUCAGACAAAGCAUAUAAUUGUGAGAAUUAUCGACUCUUGGUUUGUAUUAAAAGCAAAAUUGGUGCCCAUAGCAAAUCUACGCUUGUACUCUUUUUUUCAAAUCUUCUGUAUAAAGAUGACAGGCACAAUCUGAUUGGUUAGUCAUUCCUGUAAAUGCAUUCAUAUGUUGGUUAAAAAGACCUUAGUUGUACAUUUUCUAUCUGAAUUAUUUACCUUCGUGGUUGAAUACUAUGUAUUUAUCUUUAAACACGUCUGAUAAACAGUUUGAAUCUCUGAUGUGCAUAUUGGUUUCAGUCUAUGUAUAUGGGUAUAUGGUUCUGCAAGCCUGGGUAAUGUCCGGUUCCUGGUGGGUAUGGGCAGUCUGUAAGGUUUUUAACAUUCAAUUUUAGGCAGUUUUUCCCUCCCUCUUUAAGCAUGUGUUAUCCAAUGUUAUGCAACAGACUUUACCACAGAAAGUCACUUUUAAGUGUUAGCAACAUUACUUUUUUAAUGCAGUAAAUUCAUCUGUAAAUAUUUUUUGUGUAAAAUUUGACAGAAAGGUAUAUUUACUACACUGUAAAUACAUGUGACAAUAUAUUGUAUUAUUUUGCUUUUUUGUAAAGCAGUUAGUUGCUGUACAUGUAUAACAUAAAAAAUUUGAAUAUUCUAGUGUUAGUAAUUGUUAACUUCUCUCCUUCCUGCUGUUGAGUAUGUCAUUUAAAUGAAAAAAGAAAACAUGAUGCUGUGUUCUACAAACUCUCACUGUGUAUGAUAUAUUAUUUCCUUUCGGGCCAUACAGUUUCAGCUGUUCCUUUACUCACUAUCCUGUUAAUAUUGUAAGCAAGUGUAUGCCAGCAGGAAUAAAACUGCCACCGCCAGCCAAACUGGCAUCUAGAUACAGUUAGCAGAAAUGAUUUAUCAUAACUGUUUUCUCCCCAAUGUUCCCUCAUGUAUGUACAUCCCCUUUUUUGAAGUAAAAUGUAAAUUCAACCUGC